AUGUCGAGACAAGCCGACUCCCGCCUGCUGCGGCGGCUCGCCAUCCCCACCACGGUCGCAGCCGUAGGUGGUGGUGCGCUCUACUUCACAUACCGGCCGCGCAACAUCCCCGGGUUCGAGGAUGCCGCUGUCGCGCCCCCGUACUACAGCGCCGACGGCACCUUCCGCAUGCCUCUGUUCCCCAAGGUCAACACAAAGCCUGGCGAGGAGUACGACGUGCUCAUCAUUGGCGGUGGCGCGACCGGCGCCGGUGUCGCCCUCGACGCCGUGACCCGAGGCCUGAAGGUCGCCGUGGCGGAGAGAGACGACUUCAGCAGCGGCACCAGCAGCAAGAGCACAAAGCUCGUCCACGGUGGUGUGCGGUACCUCGAGAAGGCCUUCUGGAACCUCGACUACUCCCAGUACGAGCUCGUCCGGGAGGCGCUCAAGGAGCGCAAGUACUUCCUGCGCACCGCGCCGCAUCUCAGCUCGUGGCUGCCCAUCAUGGUGCCGCUCGACAAGUGGUGGAAAGCGCCCUACUACUGGGCCGGCACCAAGUGCUACGACCUGCUGGCCGGCAGCGAGGGCAUCGAGAGCUCCUACUUCCUCACGCGCAGCAAGGCGCUCGACGCAUUCCCCACCCGACCCUUCACCACGCCAGAGGAUAAAGCGCCAAAGUGUUUCCCCACAGCCCUUUAG